AUGGGAUAUGUUAAGCUUGCUCCUUUGGCUGUCUUGAUGCUUGCCACAAUUUUAAUAUUUUCGAUGAAGAACGUAGAAGCAGAUUGUUCGGGUGUAUGUUCGCCAUUUCAGUUUAAUACAUGCGGCCACGUAAAAGAAGAUUGUCGGUGUAUUCCAUGGUUACUAGCUGUGGGUCAGUGUAUCAUUCCAAUUCAUUCUAAAGAAACUGUAAAGAAAGUUGAAGAACAUCCUUACUUAUGUAAAUCUCAUGGCGAUUGUGUUAAGAAGGGCAAUGGAAACUUCUGCGGUAGUUAUCCUAAUCCUAAAAUCCAAUACGGGUGGUGUUUUUCCUCCAAAACUAAAGCUCAACACUUUUUCACUAUUGGCUAUAAGCUUGCAGUAAAUGAGCUCUUCAAUAUUAGCUCUAACUCUAUAGCAAAAGACUUUCUAAAGAUGGCUGUGGAAAUUUCCACUUAA